AACUGGGUCCACAAGAUGACAUUGUUGAGGUUGAACAGGUUACAGCUAUCAAACUCUUCCAAACUAUUGUUAGCCACAUACUCUUCUCUCAUCUGUGCUUUCUGCUCUUCUUUUCUGGUUACUGCUUAAGCAAAUCAGCUCUUGCAGAACAUCUUCAAGGAAAAAAUGGUUCGAUCAAAUGAUCCAUUUUGGAAUGAUGUUGAAGAUAUGAAUAAUGGUGGCAUGAAGUGUAAAUUUUGUGGGCAUUUAUUUGCCGAGAAUACUUCCAUUUCGAGGAUCAAAUGGCAUUUGUCAGGAGUGAAAGGGCGUGGUGUUAAAAUAUGUGAGAAAGUUCCUGAAGAAGUUCAAAAUGUAGUCCGUGCAGCAAUGGAUGGCCCUCCAGAAAAAAAACUUAAAUCCGUAGCAGGCUCAAGCAAUAACGAGGUCACCUAUACAAUUUUAGCUUCUGUCCAAGAACAAAACAAUGAUGAAAUGAUGGCACAAGAAGGAGAUGCUCUUUUCGUUGGAGAGCGCGAACAUUGGCUGAGUAGCUUCACUGAUGAAGACAUUGAGCUUCUGAGAGGUAUCUUUCAUGAGAGAACAUCAAUUAAUCAAGCUGAUGAGCCUCGAGGAGAUUCAUCCCAGCCAACAGACCCAAUGUGUCUUGACCAUGGAAGAUAUUAUGAUCGACCCCGUGCUCCAUUAGUAAACAAUGAUGUAAUUAUGAAUCUUGUGGAGGACAUGGUUAGAGUGAGGACAGAACCAGUGGAGGAGAAGGAGGAGAAGAAGGAUGUGGAGAAGAAUAGUGGAAGAUUAGUGCAGCCUGGCGCAGCAGCUAGCUCUUCUGGAGGGUUUGCAAGCAACACAAAUGAGAUUAAAGGAGAUGCACUACCAACGAGAAAGCUGGUGGGUCAAGCAUUCGAAGACCACAAGAAGACUAUCUGGUCUUGGUUAAUGCAUGAUAAAGUUUCAAGAAUUAGCAUCUAUGGGAUGGGCGGAGUGGGUAAGACGACGUUGGUGACACACAUAUAUAAUCAGCUUCUAGAAAGACCAGACACUUUCAAUCAUGUUUUCUGGAUUACUGUUUCACAAGAUACCAGCAUUAACAGAUUGCAGAAAAGUUUCGCAAGAUGUAUUGGUUUAGAUCUUUCUAAUGAAGAUGAGGAGCUGCACAGAGCGGUCAUAUUGAGAAAAGAAUUAAUGAAGAAAAAGAAAUGGGUUUUGAUUUUAGAUGAUCUGUGGAAGGCUUUUGACUUACAAAAGCUGGGAAUUCCUGACCAAGUUAAGGGAUGCAAGUUGAUUAUUACAACUCGAUCAGGAAGAAUUUGUCAACAGAUGAAAACCCAACACAGAAUCAAAGUGCAGCCUAUUUUGAAGGAAGAAGCUUGGAUUUUGUUUAUUGAGAGGCUUGGAAAUGACAUAGCACUUUCUCCAGAAGUGGAACGAAUUGCAGUAGAUGUUAUAAGGGAAUGUGCCGGUUUGCCAUUGGGAAUUAUUACAAUGGCAGGAAGCAUGAGGGGAGUGGAUGACCUACAUGAGUGGAGAAAUACAUUGAAGAAAUUGAAAGAAUCAAAAUUUAGAGACAUGGAAGAUGAGGUAUUCCAGUUGUUGAGGUUGAGUUAUGAUCGGCUAGAAAAUGAUUUAGCACUACAACAAUGUCUCUUGUAUUGUGCAUUAUAUCCUGAAGAUCAUAAGAUUGAAAGAGAGGAGUUGAUAUGUUAUUUGAUUGAUGAGGGAAUAGUUGAAGGAACGAGGAGCAGACAAGUAGCAUUUGACGAGGGCCACACGAUGCUUAAUAAACUUGAAAAUGUUUGUUUACUGGAAAGUUGUUUUGAUCGUUAUCAUCGUAGAUGUGUCAAGAUGCACGACUUGAUUAGGGACAUGACCCUCCAAAUACUCCAAAUGAACUCUCCAGUUAUGGUCAGGGAAUAUGAGGAAGAAAUACCAGAUGUGGAUAUGUGGAAAGAAGAUCUAGUGAGAGUCUCUUUGAAGGAUUGUUAUUUCAAGGAAAUUCCAUCCAGCCAUUCACCAAGGUGUCCCAAUCUGUCAACUCUAUUGUUACGCAAUAAUGAAGGGUUGGAAUUUAUUGCAGCUUCUUUUUUUGAGCAAUUGCACGGACUCAAGGUUCUUAAUCUGUCUCAUACAAAUAUCAUAAAUUUGCCUGAUUCUGUUUCUGAAUUGGUGAGUCUUACUGCAUUAUUGCUCAAAGGGUGUGUGAACUUAAGGCUUGUACCAUCAUUAAAAAAGCUCAAGGCGCUGAAGAGGUUAGACCUCUCUCGUACUGCACUUGAAAAGAUGCCUCAAGGCAUGGAAUGUCUAUCCAACCUGAGAUAUCUCAGGAUGAAUGGAUUUGGAGAAAUGGAGUUUCCUAAUGGGAUAUUACCUAAACUCUCUCACCUACAAGUCUUUGUAUUAGAGGAUGCGUUUCUUACUUGUCCAAUAAUAGUCAAAGGAAAGGAAGUAGGAUGCUUGAAGGAGUUGGAAACUGUGGUAUGCCAUUUUGAAGGUCAAUCUGACUUUGUGGAGUAUCUUAAUUCUCGGGAUAAGACCCAGUCACUAAGCACAUACCAAAUCUUUGUAGGACUGCUGGAUGAAGAUGAUUAUAGUAGAAUGAUGGAUGAUUAUCACACAAGUAAAACAAUUGCCUUGUGUAAUUUGAGUAUCAAUAGGGAUGGAGAUUUUCAGGUCAUGUUCCCAAAUGACAUUCAAGAACUGGUUAUUUAUAAAUGUUCAUGUGAUGUUUCCUCUCUAAUAAAGUAUGCAACUGAUCUGGAGGUUAUCAAGAUAUGGGAUAGCAAUAGCAUCGAGAGCUUGGUUUCAUCUUCUUGGUUCUGCUCUGCUCCCUUACCAUUGCCAUCUUAUAAUGGUAUAUUUUCUGGUCUUAAGGAGUUUAAUUGCUGUGGAUGUAGAAGUAUGAAGAAGUUGUUCCCUAUUCUCUUGCUGCCAUACCUCGUAAACUUGGAAGUGAUUAGAGUUUUUUAUUGUGAGAAGAUGGAGGAGAUAGUAGGGACAAGAUCAGAUGAAGAAAGGGUUAUGGGUGAAGAAAGCAGCAGUAGCAGCACCGAAUUCAAACUUUCUAAGUUAAGAAAUCUGGAAUUGAGGGGAUUACCAGAACUGAAAAGCAUUUGUAGUGCAAAACUGGUUUGUGAUUCUCUCCAACAUAUUUGGAUAGCAAAUUGUCAGAAGCUGAAGAGGAUGCCAAUUUGUCUUCCGUUGCUUGAAAAUGGUCAGCCAUCUGCUCUCCCUUCUCUUCAAAAUAUCUUUAUAUAUCCAAGAGAAUGGUGGGAAUAUGUAGUGGAGUGGGAUCAUCCUAAUGCUAAGAACGUCCUUCAUCCCUUCGUAAAGUUUUUGUAGGAGACGAACUCUGCUCUCUGCCUUUAAUAUAAUAUAAUAUAAUAUUGAAUUACAGCCUUAUUGUCUGCAUUAAGUUUGAUCCACAAGGAAGCAAAAGAAUGGUGCGAAUCAGUAGUGGAGUGGGAGCGUCCUGAUGCUAAGGAUGUCCUUCAUGGCCUUGCAUGGUUGUGGGACAUCAUUAAGGUAGAUCCCUUACGGCUUGGAGGAUGGUGAAGAAUGACAAGCCUCUUAUUUAUGAAUGAAUAAGGGUAGGAAAGAAAGCAUACUCUGAAUCACUCUUGCGCUGUUUCAGUUAUGCCCUCUGUUCUGCUUAUGGUGAUAGAGAGGCUGCUAAGUUGAUAAGGACUAUCGUUGGUGUUUUUCAGGCUUGUGAUUCACUUGGUCUCAUGCAUAGAGAGGGCAACCAUCUCCUCCCACUUCUCUUAGAAGAACGAAAAUAAAACCAAAAUAAUGGUGGGAGUCAGUGGUGGAGUGGGAGAAUCCUAAUGCCAAUGAUGUCCUGAGUCCCUUUGUCGAGUUUUGGUAGGAGGAUAUAAUAUUAGAUUGUAUUUCUCUUUGUCUGAAUCUCUCUGCCUGCCUUUAAUUUAAUUUUAAUUAAUUAUUAGCCUCAA